CGGACUUGGAUCUCUUGAGCUUUUCGGUCGAGGCCAUCCAUCUGUCUAUCUAUUGGCUGCGUCGUGCCACUCACAAAAGUCCAGCGCUGCAGUGGCACCCACCCGACCCAAUCAGAGGCCGCAAAACUCUGAAGGGCACUCAGUGCAUCGGCGAUCCAUCUCUGGAGAUCCAGCUUUCUCGAGGUCGUCCUCGCAACCAAGAGCCUCCCUCGCUGUCACGCCAGAAUGUCGUUCCACGAGGCCCAGAACCCUCGUAGCAAGAGGAGAAAGCUGGAUACCCCCCAGGAGGCCGAGACCACCUCAUCCAUCACCUCCCACACCCAGAUCCACGCCGCCUUGGUCUUCCAGCAGAACGUCAAUGAAUCCAAGCAAGGGAUCAGGAAGUUCAAGGACUUUCUAAUGUCCAUUGGGCAGACGGAGGAUGAGGACGAAAAGGCCAAAAAGUUCCGCAUCCUCAAGGCUUACUGUGAUUCGCAAAUCUCCCACGUCAAUGAGAAUGAGGCCGUUUGCUUCAAGGAUCUGAUCCAGACGUGGGGGUUCGCUGACAGCAACAACAACGAGUCCCUGUUGACCGUUGUUCCCUCCGUUCUUGCUUUGUUCAUCAAGACCGUGUCCACGAACCUGGAGUUCCGCGACUUCGGGCUGGCGCUAUGCAAGCACCUCGUCCAGAAGGAGCAGCUGAGGCUGUUCAACCGCGGCAUGACCGCCUUGAAGUCCAAGGAGCAUCUGAUCUCCCCUUGCCUUCGUCUUCUGACGGAAAUGGUCGGCUUCGAUGGUGGUGCUGUCGCCCGGAACGUCUAUGCGGCCCGGUACAUUACCUUCAAGCGCAUCGAGACCUUCCUGACUCCCAACAAGGCCCAGCUGGAGGACAUGUCGGAUGAUGCUACCAAGUCUACUCUGCGCAAGAAUGCUCAGAAGUAUGUUCUGACGAGUCUCAAAUUCCUGCAAUCAACUUCGAAGAGCGACAUUCUGGAGCAGCACAAGGUGAUGAGAGCGUUCCUGGAGUACAUCAGAAAAGACUCGAGAGGGUUUGUCGUGGAGAUCAUCAAGUGCAUUGAGAGAGACAUCAUCCAGGACGCUUCGAUCUCGCGCAUCGCCAAGAGCAAGUUCUUCAGCCGAUGGAAUCUCGAGCGUCUCGUUACGCUCUAUGGCUAUGAUCGUGAAUCCGAGGAGCCCAACCUUGCGAACAUUAACAUCGCAGCCGAGGUUCACAAAAUCCUGAUGAACGUUUGCACCAAUCCGGAGCUUGGCGUGUUGAUGCCGGAAUCUGGCUGGUAUCCGACAGGGACUGAUCCCGAGUCGCUGCCCACGGACGAUGAGACAUUGAUCGAUCUUGGCCUGGACUCUGCUGUCCAUGUGGACAAGUUCCGGGCAUCCGUCCCUGUUCGCAACACAACGCUGUCGUAUCUGAUCCAGACUCUCCGUCCCGAUGCCGACAGUCUCCAGAUUGAGCUGCUGGUGGCGAUCUUCAAGGCGGCGCCCGAGCUCGUGGCCGAUUUCUUCUCGAAGAAAAGCAUGUUCAUCUCAGACCCCAAGCCCACUCCCUCCUGGCUGGCAGAAUCCGCCCUUCUCUUCUCCACCGUGCAGCUGCCCGUUCCUGCGAACUGUGGCUGGAAGGAGAAGUCUCCUGCGACGCCGCCGCCCGUCUCGGUGGUGAUCGAGAGUGUGCUCCCUCGCCCACUGACCCAGAAAAUCAUCACUCGCUGCCUGAACCUGAACGCCGAGAUUGUGACCCUGUUUGCCGUUCGAAUCCUGACCAUUGCGUUCAAUAAACUGCGGGCCGUCCUGAAGGUCUUCAAUGCCGACCAUGGCAUCAGCCAGCCGCUCUGGACGCAAGCCGCAACCAAGUUGGUCGCCGAGUUCGGUCGCCGGUGCCCCGGGGUCAAAGAAGUCAUUCUUCUCUACAAGAGAACCGCCAAGGAGGACUUGCAGCAGCAAGAUGCCGUCUCGGAGCUUCUCGCUUGGUUCUACGAUGUGGUGCCGGAUGCCGCACUUGAGGAAGGGUUCGAUGCUUCGCUGGUUUUGGUCGACAUCUUGAAACGCCUGGACGAGGGCAAUCUCGACGAAGAUGAUUCCGAGUCUCUGCUAAGCCAAUUGCAGAACAUCCUGAAGAUCACACAGCAGUCUACAUCUAUGCGUUGGUGGCAACAACCAGCCUCCAUGCAAUGCUCCGCUUUCACUUCCAUCCUGAAGGUUCUGGUUUCAGCGACAUCUAGAGACUCUCUGCGCGAAAUCGACAGCCUUUCGAGGACGGUGCUCACAGAAGCUUCCGUCCUGCAGCAGCCGUCCUCAUUCCCGGCUCUGUUGUCCAGCUUCGAAACCACCGACGCCGAGAAGCUCCAGCGCCAACUUUCCUUUUUCGAUAACUGCGCCUGCCGAAUUGCCAAGAAGCCAGUUCACUACCAAGACCUUGUCGAUGCCUCACUCCAGGGAGCGUCGAGUCCGGUCAGCCCUCUUGUCGCCGCCAUCACCGAACAGUGGCCGUUCAUCACCAAGGCCGGAGACGCGGAGACCGAAAGCGCAGUGGCUACCUGGGUUGCCAGGGUGCUUGGAAACCUGAAGCGUGCCGGAGAAGAUGCCAAGGCGUUGAAGGCCGCCCGGGACCAGUUGGUGGAAUGCGCGGAGAACAAGAAGUCCAAGUCGAUGCUCAAGAAAGCAUUGAAAGACACCGAGGACGAUGGAGCUGACACAGUCAUGGAGGAUGCCACUUCCCCAGAUGCGGCAGCUGCCGCGGAGAAGGAAGAGGUGGAUCUGGAUGAAAUCUUUGGCACACUGCCCACGGAGGGCACCACCCAUAACGAGCUGCGUCGCUGGGAGAAGGAUGAACUUGAAGUGUCCGUGGAGCAAGGCCGGAUCGCAGAGUUGAUGCUCUGCCUGUGCUCUGAACACGAGGAAGUCCGGAGACAGGCCUUUGCGAACAUCAUCCGCUUCAUGGCGAAGCUUAAGGAGUCCAACUACGCCGAAUGGAGAUCAGUCUAUAUUCUCACCGGAGAGCUUCUGGAGACCGCCAAACGGGCUGGCCUCGAAUCACCCGUGCCGUGGAUCGUCGGGGAGUGUGCUUCCGGCUGCCUCGCCGUCCUUACGACCCCCAUGCACAAGCUGUAUGGCAAGGUCAACAAGUUCUUGCAGAAGGCGCCUCACUGGGAGGCCGAGAAGAUCCCAUCCUACUGGAUCGACAAGAUCCUGCUGCACGAACCGGAGCUUGACGACGGCUAUUUCGAAGAAACCAGCUGGCUUCUGGAUCUACUCAUCAAGGGCCUUCGGACCCAAGCCGACAUGGAAAUCUACCGCCGCGCGAACGUCUUCGAGCGCGCUCUCGCCUUCUACGAAUCGCCGAGCGCGAGCGUCUCUGCCAAGCGAAAGAUCCUGCACCUGCUGCAUCGCUCGACCCAAGUGCGCGGGAGCACGACGCUGAUCACCCGAGCGGGCAUCCUCAGUUGGGUGCAGAGCCAGAUGCCCGCGGUGACGGCCAAAGACAGCAACACCUUCACGGCCAUUGCGCAGUCGCUGCAGCAGACCUCAGACAGCGACUGGGUAUCGACAUGGAGCGGAGGCGCCGCCCUGCGCGCGGUUGAAGAGAUUGCGGCCUAGGCAGACAGGACAGACAUAGACACCUCUGGUAGAGCGUUGGAAAGGGCACGCGGCGCCCACCGCCGGUAUAUUUGUUACAUCAUAAUUGGCGUCUGAUUCAGGUUGGAUACCGCGGUGAGGGUCGGUGCGGUUGCGACUUGGGGUACCCGAUGAUAGGAUGAUCUGGGGGAUCGUGAAAUGUAGAUCCAUGCAUUGGGAAAUCAGACCUAGCUUAUUUGUCGAGAUGGCAUGUAUUAUAUAUAUCAUUAUAUGACAUAUCCCACGCGAGACCUGGGAUGUUAAUGCGUGGUAGCGAGCGACAGCGGUUGGUUUUGUUUUGCUGGACCGUGUGCGGAGGAGAACCGUAGACCCGAGACCGUAGACACCGCCACGGCCACGGGGGGAAAACACGACGUCGUGUCAACGGAGAGAAGGGCAAUCGGGAUACUCGGAUGGGGAGUGAGUAGGUGGAGUUAGUUG